AUGGACAUUGAUGAAGAUGACGAUUUCUACGCGGAUGAGCCGUCCACCGAGCAGCCCACUACAAGCACAACAACAGCCGAAAAUGCUGCUGCUCCUCCACAGGAGGCGUCGCCAAAAGUAGAAGCGGCAGAGAGCAAAUCAGAAGAGCUCGAGGAGGGCGAAGAGGAAGACGAGGGCGGCGCCAUGGAUGAAGACGAGGAUGAUUCUGAUAUCGACAUCAUCACCGAGCGCAAAGAUGGCACAAAGGCUGCACCCCCGACACAAUCUCGCUACAGCGACAUCAGAAACAUCCCACAAAGGUCAGCCUCCAACGACAUGGCUAUCAAAGCAGCCCCAGCCAAGGAGGAAGAUUCCGCGAGAGCCUCACCCUCCGACCUCCCUCUCGGUAUUCCCAGCGCCGACAAGGCUGCUGCCGCGGCUUCCAAGUCUACGAUCGACGUCAACGCGAAUCCCGAUUACCCUCCCGUCGGCAAGCCCAUCACCGCGGUCAAUAUUGACGAGGACUUGACCGAGAACGAGAAGCCCUGGCGCAAACCCGGGACCGACAUCAGCGACUACUUCAACUACGGCUUCGACGAGUUCACGUGGGCGCUCUACGCCGCCAAGCAGGAAGCUGUCCGCGGAGAGUUCAGCGGCGACGCUAUUGCCGCCGGCCAAAAGAAGAUGAUGGAGGACUUUGGCAUGAUGAUGAUGGGCGGAAUGAACAUACCCGGCGGAGGAGCCGCACCUGGCGCCAACGCGCAGGCUGGUGGCAUGCCUGGAAUGGGUGGUAUGGAAGGUAUGCCGCCCGAGAUGCAGGCCAUGAUGCAGCAGAUGAUGGGCCAGGGCAUGGAUCCCAGUCAGAUGGACCCCUCGCAAAUGUCGGCCAUGUUCAAUGGCAUGCAGGGCCAGGCUGGCAACGCUGGCCAAGGCGGACAGGGUCAGAACUUCAACCAGGGCUUUGGCGGAAAUCAAGGACAGUACGGAGGCUACGACCAGCAGGGCAUGGGAGGCGGCAACCGCGGCGGAUUCGGCGGCAGAGGCCGCGGUGGACGCCGCCAGUGGUAA